AUGGAAGUUGGUCCUCGCGAUGGUCUGCAGAACAUCAAACAGAAAGUCUACACAUCCGUCAAAAUCGAGUUGAUCCGGCGGCUGGCUGAUACUGGACUGCGUCACAUCGAAGCGACUUCUUUCGUGUCACCGAAAUGGAUCCCGCAAUUGGCGGACAGCAAGGAGGUGAUGAAAGAGGCCAUUGCCAUCGCAGAGCCUAAAGGGAUUUCACUUCCAGUUCUAGCACCGAACGUAAAAGGUCUUGAGCGAGCGGCAGAGAACAAUGCGAAAGAAGUUGUUGUUUUCGCGUCAGCGUCCGAAGGCUUCAGCUGGAAAAACACGAAUUGUUCUGUUGAGGAUGCCUUGAAGAGGGCAGAAGAUAUCGUAGCACAGGCGAAGCUACAGGGUGUCCAAGCAAGGGGGGUGAUCUCAUGUGUGGUGGCCUGCCCAUACGACGGGCCAACAGACCCAGCCAAAGUUCUUGAGGUUGCUCGACGCUUCCUGGAAAUGGGCUGCUACGAAGUUGGCCUUGGAGAGACCAUCGGCGUGGGGACUACUUACGACAUUGAACGACUUCUCAAAGUCUUAUUAACGGAGAUUCCAGCUGAGAAAUUGGCAGGCCACUACCAUGAUACCUACGGACAAGCAAUUGCGAACGUGGCGAAGUCAUUCGACAUGGGAAUACGAGCAUUCGACAGCAGUGUUGCCGGUCUGGGAGGUUGUCCUUACGCCAAAGGCGCUAAAGGCAACUUAGCCUCGGAAGAUAUGGUGUAUUUCUUCGACAGAGCGGGAGUCAAGACUGGCGUGGAUCUAAACGUACUUGCUGAGACCGGAGACUGGAUAUCGCAGGUGCUGGCCAUCCCCAACAACAGUCGAGCUGGUUCAGCAAUCGCAGCAAAAUCCAAAUCUGCCUCAGAGACCAAUGUAAAGACGCCAAAGGCCGGUGAUGAUAUAACGAACUGGGAUCUAAUCUCAGAUAAAGGAGAUUACUUGGUCCACAGAUUCGGCAGCGCAGUCAGAAUCACACUUAGCAGGCCGAAGAAUGGUAACGCAUUGACAACAGCCAUGGUCGACGGCAUCACCAGCUUAUUCAAAGAUUUGGCACGCGACCAGAGCGUCUUCCACAUCUUGCUCGAAGCUGAAGGCAAAUUCUUCUGCACCGGAAUGGAUCUCAGCUCGGGAGGAACGACUGCCUCUACUGAUCCCGAGGAAAAGGCUGCGUAUUACAAGAAGGUUGAAGACCUAUAUGCUGCGAUCGACAACGCUCCUCAGGCCACGAUUGCUGUGGUCAAUGGUCCUUGUUAUGGCGGAGGUGUCGGGCUUGCUUUCAUAUGUGAUAUUCGAUUGAUGUCGUCUAAGGCCAAAUUUACCAUGACUGAGAUCAAACUCGGACUCUCGCCUGCCAUCAUCUCUCGGUAUAUGGUCCGUGAAUGGGGUAUUCCAUUCGCUCGCGAGGCUAUGCUCACUGGUCGAGAGGUCAAGCCAGACGAGCUGCGCAGGAUAGGUGCAAUCCAUGGUCUUGCCGAGAAUGAGAGUGACCUCUCUACAAUGACUGCAGCAUGUCUCGACAAUCUCAGCAAAUGCGCGCCUCGAUCUGCUGCGGUCUGCAAACAGCUGGUCAGACUCGGCUGGACUGAUCCGACUGGACCGGAGCAACAGGACUUUGUCAUGGAGACUUUUAAGAAAAUGAUGCAGCCUGGAUCGGAAGGCGAGUUUGGCACAGAUCAAUUCCGCAAAAAGAUUAAGAAUAUUGAUUGGGCAAAAUUUUGGAGCGGAAAGGGAGAUCAAGUGCCGCAGUAA